AUCAUAGCUGGAAUGGCUGGCGCUGGGAGUUAAUGAGACUCCCGCUUCAGUUAAGAAAAUGGGCGUUUUUCCCUUUUCUUUUAAGCAUUUUUUAAAUCGUGAUUUAAAAUAAAAGCUUUCGACAUAGCACUAAAGGCCCUGCUAUGUUGAAACGUGUCAGCGAUGACUGAUGUGGAAUCGACCUAUGAGGACUUCAUCGCUUCGGGCAGAAGUGGCAGGCGCAACGCUCUGCAUGACAUCCGCGGCGACCCGGGCGACCCGGACCACGGCGGCGUGUCGGAGACGCUCUCCAAGAUCGACAUCAAUAAAACAGGUGAAGGUGAUGAUUCUGAGCAAUGUGCUGGCCCUGCCACAGAGCCAGCACCGCAGUGCAAAGAGGGCAAAGAGGCAAUUAACAACCAGGCCUGAGUCCCAGAGAGGGCGCCGGGUGCUGGAUGGCCCGGGAGUCGCCCACCAAAAGAAGGAACGCACAUCUGAGAGGAGAAAGGGCUGCCCGGGUUUCCUGUGGCACCAGAAAGCACAGGCUUUACGCAUACGGAACGCAGGGUCCGCUUUGGCCAGAAAUGAGUGUAUCUUUAAUAAUGGGUGAGGGAAGGCCACUAACCUCAUAGGCAGCCACGUUGAAAUGCAGUCCAGUGUCGUCUCAGUAGCUGAGGUAGGGAACAUCGACAUCCAGGUUUGAUCCAAGUUGUUCCUGUUGACCGAUCGGCUUC